UACUAUACGACUAAAGAAAGUCCUUCACGUCUACUCGUAGACACUGUGUUCUUUAUUUUCUUAUGCAUAUAUAGCAGAAAUUAUGUGACGUUUAAAUGAUAUGUCAGAUUAUUAUGUAUCGUGACUUACUGAUAAUUCCUUCAACUUUUAGCCAAUGCGUUCCUCAUAAUCUCAUCGUGGGAUAGCGAAACGAAAAAGCGCGCUACCUAUAGUAAUAAUUUUAGGUUAAAUCAUAUAGUAUUUAUUAAACAAUAAAAACAUGCGCGCAACUAUUGCAAUAUUGUGCGUCUUCCUUGGUUGUUGCAGCAACGUUGUUUUCCUGGAACUACUUGUUAAAGAUGAUCCAGGUAGUGGAAAUCUUAUCACAUUUUCACAGUUUCUUUUUAUAUCUAUAGAAGGAUUUUUAUUUACUUCAAAAUGUGGAAGCGUCAAGCCCAAUGUAGGAAUAAAGGACUAUUUUAUAUUAGUAACAAUGUUUUUUAUUGCAAACGUUUGUAACAAUUAUGCAUUUGAUUUUAAUAUACCCAUGCCAUUGCAUAUGAUAUUCAGAGCUGGUUCUCUGAUAGCUAAUAUGAUUAUGGGUAUCAUUAUUUUAAAGAAACAAUAUAUCUUUAGUAAAUACUUAUCGGUAUUUAUGAUAACUAUUGGAAUUGCUGUAUGCACUAUUGUCAGUGGCAGAGAAAUAAAAUCUUUGCAACCUAAGAAUGUUUCUCAAGUACCUACAACACCAUGGGAUGAUUUCUUUUGGUGGAUAUUAGGUAUAUCAUUACUAACUAUUGCAUUAUUCGUAUCUGCAAGAAUGGGUAUUUACCAAGAAGUAUUACAUAAGAAAUAUGGAAAGAAUGCAAGAGAGGCUUUAUAUUACACGCAUUUACUGCCUUUACCAUUCUUUCUAACACUGGCUCCUAAUAUUUGGGAUCAUUUCACGUAUGCUUUAGCAUCAGAGCCAAUACAAAUUAUUAAUUUACAAAUUCCAAAAUUAAUCGUAUAUCUCAUAGGAAAUGUUCUUACACAAUAUGUGUGUAUUAGUUCCGUUUUUGUAUUAACAGCGGAAUGUACAUCUCUCACAGUGACUUUAGUAAUAACGUUACGAAAAUUUUUGUCUUUAAUCUUUUCAAUAAUAUAUUUCAAAAACUCUUUUACAAUAUAUCACUGGAUUGGUACAAUUUUAGUCUUUUUAGGAACAAUAAUAUUUACAGAAGUCAUACCAAAAAUUGCGGAAAGUAUACAAUCUACAAAGAAGACUAAGAAAGUCCAAUAAUAAAUAAAAUCGUUAAAAAAUGUUAUAUAUUAUUUAUAUUAUGUAAUUGCAGAGGAUAAAGUGAAUAAUACUAAUUGAUACAAUAAUGAAUAAAAGAUCUUAUAAAUGAA